AUGGCGAAGAGCUACUCCCGGGCGCCCGGCUCGUCCGAGGUGGUGGGCAAGAUGGCCGGCGACGACAUGGACUCGGAUGGCCGGCAUGCAGAGCCCCAGCAUAUCGAGCACGGCACCAUGGCCAAGGAGUCGGAUCAUCUGAGACGUGUCCUGUCGGCUCGUCAGGUGCAGAUGAUUGCCAUUGGCGGCACUAUCGGCACCGGCCUGUUCUUGGGCACGGGAAAGUCACUGGCCACGGGUGGUCCGGCCUCGUUGUUGAUUUGCUAUGCCAUCACCGGUGCCAUUGUCUUUGUCACCAUGUUGAGUCUGGGCGAGAUGGCCGCUUUCAUUCCCAUCGCCGGCAGCUUCUGUUCCUUUGCCGGGCGAUUCGUCGAUGACGCCUUUGGCUUUGCACUGACGUGGAAUUACUGGUUCAACGAUGCUGUGUCGACGGCAGCGGAUCUGGUAGCGCUCCAGCUGGUCUUGGAGUACUGGACGACAAACUUCCCCGGAUGGGCGCUGAGUCUGAUUUUCUGGGGCGUUCUGAUUGCCGUCAAUGUCAUUACUGUCCGCGCUUACGGUGAGCUCGAGUAUUGGCUUAGCCUACUCAAAGUCAUCACCAUUAUCGUCUUCAUUGUCAUGGGUAUCGUCGUGAACUGUGGCGGGAACCGUGACCGCCACUACAUCGGCGGCGAGAACUGGCACAUUCCUGGUGCGCCCUUUGUCGGCGGCAUUGGCGGCUUCGCCUCGGUCUUUGUGACAGCUUCGUUUGCCUACGGUGGCACGGAAUCCAUUGCCAUCACCGCCGGAGAGACCAAGAACCCGACCAAGAACCUGCCCCGUGUUGUAAAGAAUGUUUUUUGGCGGAUUCUCCUCUUCUAUGUCCUCUCCGUUCUCCUCAUCGGCCUCAACGUCCCAUACAACUACCCCAACCUCAGCACCAAGAAGGCCAGCACGUCCCCCUUCACCAUUGUUUUCGAAAUGACGGGCGCGCACGCCGCCGGGAGCGUCGUCAACGCCGUGGUUCUCACGUCCGUCCUGUCGGCGGGCAACCACGCCCUCUUUGCGGGCGUGCGACUGCUGUACACGCUCGCAAUGGCAGGCCAUGCGCCGCGCGUCUUUGGCAAGCUCAACAGGAACCAAGUCCCGUGGGUGUCUGUGCUGGCCACAAGCUUUGUUGCCGGGCUGUGCUUUGGCUCGAGUUUCAUUGGAGCCGGUCAACUUUGGACCUGGUUGCAAAAUCUGGUCGGCGUCUCCAACCAACUGUCCUGGAUCGCAAUCGGCCUGGCGUCGAUCCGAUUCCGAGCCGGCCUCGAGCGCCAAGGCAAGACGCAUCUCCUCCCCUUUAAGAAUUGGACCUACCCCUACGGACCGUGGCUGUCCGUCUUGCUCAACAGUUUCCUCGUCCUCAUCCAGGGGUGGAGCUGUUUCAGUCCCAAGUUUGAUGCCGUGAGCUUUGUCAGCUUUUACGUUGAACUGCCCGUCAUGUUGAUCAUGUACGUGGUCUGGAAGCUGGUCAAGAAGACGAAAUGGGUAAAACUGGAGCACAUGGAUCUCGUCACUGAUGUGCAUACGUCUGACGAGGAACCGGUCAUGGAGAAGAAGGGCUGGCAAUCCAAGGCGAAGAGGGUGCUCAACUGGCUGUUUUGA